UAGGCUGUCUAUCUUGUCGAUGGAUGGCUGUUGUGCGUACUAUCCUCGCGAGUCGAGAGCACUGAUUGUGCUACCGGGGUUGCCUUAAUUCACAUAAGUGGUGGUUGAGGCUCGUUUUUGGGAUUUGGAAACUUGAUGCAGCUAUAGCGCAUGAAGGAGGAGAUGAUGAACGUGGAGGCUCUGAGCAGGGCAGAGCUCCUCACCCUGCUGAGCAUCCUGGAAGGGGAGCUGGAGGCCCAGGACGUGGUGGUCCAUGCCCUCAGGGCCCAGCACAGGGACUCGUUCAUCCAGGAGCGCUACGGCCAGUAUGACCUCAGCGACCCCUUCCUGGCCCUGCAGCGGGACAACGAGGGGGUGGAGCGCCAGGAGGCCCAGACCCAGCCCCACGGGCGGCACGGGCGGCCCCGGGCGGGGGCGGUGGGGCCCAACCCUCGGGCCGUGCUCAAGCUGGUCAUGGCGCACUGCAAGAGGAUGCAGGAGAGGAUGAUGGGGCAGCUGGCUGCGGCGGAGAUGCGGCACCGGAGGGUGAUAUCAGACCUGGAGGGAGAGAAGCGUCGACAUGCCCAUGAUUUGGCACAGAGUGAUGAUGUCGGCGCUGUGUUGCAGAGCGAGCGAGACAAGCUACUUCAGCAGCUGGAGGCGGAGCGCGCCACGGUGCACAGCCUGGAGAGGGAGCGGGCGGCGGCGGCCGGCUGGGCCGAGGAGUCCCUGUCCCAGCAGCGGCAGCUCUCCGCUGCCCUGAGCGACGAGCUGCAGAAGGCCAGCGGUCGGGCGCAGGAGGAGGCGCAGCGGGCGGCGGAGCUGCACGCCCGGCUCCAGGAGGAGAGCGGGGCGCUGGAGGGCCUCCGGGCCGCGCUGGAGGGCGAGCGGGCCCGGGCGGCCCGGCUGGAGGCCCGGGCCGAGAGCGAGACGGCCCGCUGCGACGCGGAGCGGGAGCGGGCGGCGGCGGCGCUGCAGAGGGAGGAGGAGAGGAGCGGCGAGCUGGAGAGACAGCUGGAGGAGCUGAGGAGGCGCCUGGACGAGCGGGGCGGCGGAGGAGGAGGAGAGGGAGGCGACGAGGGGGACGGGGACGGGAGGGAGGCCGCGGGGGGGAUCGAGCAGUUGGCGCCCAAGGCGCCGGCGGUCUGCGCCGCCGUUCAGACGGAGCCCGACGGAGAGCCGAGCAUCUCUGCCCAAACCGACCAGGUGUCAAAGGUCAACGGACACCGCGCCCCGAAAGGCGCAGAGUGUCCCCCGGAGGGGAAAGCGUCGGAGAACGGUGCGGCGGUGGAGAACGGCGUCGCGGCCGCUCCACCCUCGCCCCUCCACCCUUCGCCCCUCCCCCCUUCGCCUCACCUCGUCCCACACUCGCCCUCCAGCACGGCGUCCUCCUCUCUCUCCUCCUCCCCCGUAUCCUCCCCCGUGCUGGCCAAGCGUCUGGGCAGCCCGGGCUUCCACCAGCCCCCGCAUCAGUCCCCCUACCAGGCCAGCGUCACCCAGCGCUUCCAGGCGGCCCGGCACAAGUUCCAGAGCCAGGCGGAGCAGGAGCAGCAGCAGCAGCUGAGCGGCGGCUGCGCCCCGCUGUCUCCCCGGGACCUGUCGCCGACCACCACGCCCGUCCCGCCCCCGCCGGAGAACAGCAGUGCCAAGCAGCUGGCACGCAACACCGUCACCCAGGUGCUGUCCCGCUUCACCAGCCAGCAGGCCGGGGUCAAGCUGGCCCCGAUCAGCAGCUCCCCGUUCGGGACGGACUACCGCAACCUGGCUAGCUCGCCCAGCGGGGGGCGGUCCCCGUCGUCGGGGCCCCUGUCCCCGGGGAUCCGCUCACCCCUCACCCCUCGCUCGGAGAGGACUUACCCGCCGCCCAUCCCCCCCAAGAGGCCGGGAAUGAGUCCGACCCCCGGCUCCCCCGGCCCCUGUGCCCGGGGCAGCGUCUUCCCAGAGCUGACGGGUAACUGUGGGCCGAACGGCAACGGGCCGGAAGGAUCCAAAGAGCCGGACUUGGUGUGUUCGUCCAGCAGCUGAGGCACUGCGCCUUCAAGGCCAACAGGCACCUGUUCGGUGUGAGUCUGACCCGAGUCAAGUCCGUAAAGAAACCUAUUCAUCUGCUAAAAGGUUUGUUUGUUUGUUUGUUUGUUUUUUUAUGGUUCUUUAAGUUAAGGCUUAAUUAUGGUUCCACGUCGACGCAACGCAAGGGAAUUUAAGGACCCAUUACAUCCUUGCGUACCCUCCUUGCGUACACAGCAAGGGCCUGACGGGUGCCUCCCAAAAAAUGUAACCUUGCUUCGAGGCAAUGCAGCAGAAGAGGUUGUGAUUAGUCUGCUUAAUAAUACCCAACGCAGAACCGAAACAGGGUAGCGACUUCGUCGGAAGUGUCUGUGUGGUCAUUGCGUUGCGUCGACGUGGAACCAAUACUGAACCUUUACACUGAUGGUCUUCUACGUAAGCAACUCAACUUAAUUUGGUCGGUUUGAAUGGAUUUUUAUGCUAUUCUUUCUGCUACACAUUCUGUUUUGGUUUACUUAAGAAUCGAAUAAGUGCUUUUUAUACUGCUUUGAAUUAGUUAUUUUCUGGAUUAUUUGAUGACAAUAUGUGAUUUCAUACUUUGAUUUAUGUUUAUUUUAUGAAACCUUGCAAUAUAUUUGUUGCUCAACAUAUCAACCCUAUUUAAUUGAAGUGUUUAUUAACUGUAUGAUCAAGCCCAAAGCCUGCAGAAAUCUUAAACUGGAUCUGGCUUUAUUAGUAAUUGUGGUUCUAAUUGACAUCGUUCUUCUUAUUCAGAAUCUUCUUAGUGUUCACUGUACAAUUAAAGAUGAGCAUAGGAAAUGUGCUGUAGGUGUAGCCUACGUUAGCUCAUAUUUUUUUAUACAACCUAACUACUGCUUUUAAGUUACUACUGACAUGUAACUUCGAUUUUGUUUUGUUUAUUGUAAUGACCCUGAUGCAACUUUUCGGAAAUGGAUCAUUACAACACAAGAUUAUGAACACUUUCCUGUAAAUAAUUUAGUUCACAGAAUUCUCUUAAUGUAAUUAAUGGCAUGAAUUCAUGUGUAUGCCCCAUUUAAUUUCAUCCCCAUUAGUCAUGAAUACACUGAAUCUUUUAUUGAGAACACUUUUGCACUAUGCUUUUAAAUGUAAUGUAAAUAGUAAUUUUGGUAUUCAGGGAUACUGUUCUUCCUUUAAACCAAAAGGGACCAACCCCCUUUUAUAUGCUGUUUGGAUAAUCCACAGAUUUCUGUAGUUUCUAUCAAACACCUCGACAAUUGUCUAUUUCAAACACUUCUUUAAUCUAUUGUUGUAUUUGCUAUAAUUAAAUAAAAUAUGUAAAAUAA